UUGGCCCUGCGUGAGGCCACGCCCCCCGCGGUGGCCGCGAGGUUGGUUGCGCGGGUGCCGGGGAAGGAGACGCUGCCCUUCCGCAGCGAUGGGAUCCUGGCUCUUUGCAAGGACCCUCUGGUAUGUGUGUUCCUGUCUUUUCGAAGUGUGGACGGUGCCUGGGACCCAGCCAGCAGCCAGUUGAAGACAUUUUCCUUGGACGCUCUGAGACCCGAGGGUGCUGGUCCUGCCAUGGCGUUCCGGAGGACUGAGGGCGUGUCCAUGAUCCAGGCGUUGGCCAUGACAGUGGCUGAGAUCCCUGUGUUCUUAUACACGACCUUUGGGCAGUCUGCCUUCUCCCAGCUGCGGUUGACACCAGGCCUGCGGAAGGUCCUCUUUGCCACAGCCCUGGGCACAGUGGCCCUGGCCCUGGCCGCCCACCAGCUGAAGAGGCGACGGCGGAGGAAGAAGCAGGUUGGCCCCGAGAUGGGAGGUGCACAUUUGGGCACGGUGCCCCUGCCCAUCCUCAUGGCCAGGAAGGUCCCAUUGGUGAAGAAAGGCUACUCCAGCCGGAGGAUCCAGAGUCCCAGCAGCAAGAGCAACGACACACUGAGUGGCAUCUCCUCUCUCGAGCCCAGCAAGCACUCGGGCUCAUCCCACAGCCUGGCUUCGACAGUAGCAGUGAACUCGUCCAGCCCCACGGCUGCAUGCUCAGGACCAUGGGACGCCAGAGGUAUGGAAGAGUCCGUGACCACCAGUGACGGCAACGCAGAGAGUUUGUACAUGCAAGGCAUGGAGCUGUUCGAGGAAGCUCUACAAAAGUGGGAGCAGGCGCUGAGCGUGGGGCAGAGAGGGGACAGUGGCAGCACCCCCACACCAGGGGAGAUCCUGCGGAACCCUGAGACUGCUUCGGAGGUGCUCUCUGAGCCAGAGUCCCAGCGAAGGGAGUUUGCAGAGAAGCUGGAGUCCCUGCUGCACCGGGCUUACCACCUGCAGGAGGAGUUUGGGUCCACCUUCCCGGCUGACAGCAUGCUGCUGGACCUUGAGAGGACCCUCAUGCUGCCCCUGACCGAGGGCUCCUUGCAUCUACGGGCGGAUGAUGAGGACAGCCUGAACUCUGAGGAUUCCUUCUUCUCCGCUACUGAGCUCUUUGAGUCCCUGCAGGUGGGAGAUGACCUGAUCCCACUCUCCAGGCCGGCUGCCGCUUACGAAGAGGCCCUACAGCUGGUGAAGGAGGGCAGGGUGCCGUGCCGGACCCUCAGGACUGAGCUGCUAGGCUGCUACAGUGACCAGGACUUUCUGGCCAAGCUGCAUUGUGUGCGGCAAGCCUUCGAGGGUCUUCUAGAAGACAAGAGCAACCAACUUUUCUUCGGGGAGGUUGGCCGGCAGAUGGUGACGGGCCUGAUGACCAAAGCCGAGAAGAGCCCUAAAGGCUUCCUGGAGAGUUACGAGGAGAUGAUGGCCUAUGCCCUACGGCCCGAGACCUGGGCUACCACGCGGCUGGAGCUGGAGGGCCGGGGGGUGGUGUGCAUGAGCUUCUUUGAUAUUGUGCUGGACUUCAUCCUCAUGGAUGCCUUCGAGGACCUGGAGAACCCCCCAUCCUCGGUGCUCGCUGUCCUGAGGAACCGGUGGUUGUCAGACAGCUUCAAGGAGACGGCUCUGGCCACUGCUUGCUGGUCAGUCUUGAAAGCCAAGAGGAGACUGCUGAUGGUGCCCGACGGCUUCAUCUCUCAUUUCUACUCCGUAUCGGAGCACGUUAGCCCCGUCCUAGCCUUUGGCUUCCUUGGACCCAAGCCCCAGCUCGCAGAAGUCUGCGCUUUCUUCAAGCACCAGAUCGUGCAGUACCUGCGGGACAUGUUCGACCUGGACAACGUGCGCUACACGUCUGUGCCGGCGCUGGCAGAUGACGUCCUGCAGCUGUCCCGGCGCCGCAGCGAAAUCCUGCUGGGCUACUUGGGGGCGCCCGUGGCCAGCAGCGUGGGCCUCAACGGGGCAGUGCCUCGAGAGAACAGGCCCCUGGGGGAGCUGCAGUAGCGGUGGGGGCAGGCCUGCAGUGGGGG